AUGCCGAAAGGAUAUCUUUUCGUACCUAUACAAUCUGUGCUGAUCUCGGGUGCGAUAAUAAGUUUGACAUGCUUAAUCCUGCGGCUUUUUGUCAGGCGGAAGAUAAACAGCAGGCUGUAUUCAGAAGACUACUGCUUAGUUUUCUCGUGGAUAAUCUGUUUAAGCACUCAAGGACUAAUUCUCUAUGCUAUAUACAAUGCUGGAUUAGGAACGCAUGUUCAAAAUCUGAGCACAAGUGUACUAGAUCUAUUUGAGAAGCUUAUUCUUGCAACUGCAUGCCUCUUUGUUACCGGUUCAUGCCUCGCCAGAAGCGCUCACCUGAUCUUUCUCGCCCGUAUUUUUGCGGGAAAGCAAAGUAUGCGUUACGCAGUGUAUACAGUUACUGUGUUUAUUACUGUCGGCUCCGCGGCAACUUUUUCGCUUUUUGUUUUUGCUUGUCGACCAAUAUCCAAAUCAUGGACCAUAACCCAGGCUGGCAGAUGCAUUAAUCAGUCGGCUAUAUUUAUUGCUGUUGCAAUAUUUAAUAUAUGCUCUGAUAUCCUGUUAUUGCUGCUACCUGUGCCUACAAUCUAUAGAUUGAAGAUCACACAUACACAGAAGGUCAAAUUCAUGAUCAUUUCUAUCAUGGUUUGUGUGUAA